GUUCUUGAAGAUGCAGAGGCUCAACAUUUGUUCCAGUCCAUUCUUCCUGAUAUGGUCAAGCUGGCGCUCUGUCUCCCUAGUAUCUGCACCCAGCCAAUACCUCUACUGAAACAAAAGAUGAAUCACUCCAUCACAAUGUCACAGGAACAGAUUGCUAGUUUUCUGGCCAAUGCUUUCUUCUGUACUUUUCCACGUCGCAAUGCGAAGAUGAAGUCUGAGUAUUCUAGUUAUCCAGACAUUAACUUCAACAGAUUGUUUGAAGGACGAUCACCAAGGAAGCCUGAGAAACUUAAGACCCUUUUCUGCUAUUUUAGGAGAGUCACAGAAAAAAAACCUACGGGAUUGGUGACAUUUACAAGGCAGUGUCUCCAGGAGUUUCCAGAUUGGGAAAGAUCUCAGAAAAAACUGUCUAGAUUGCAUGUCACCUAUGAAGGCACCAUCGAAAGCAAUGGACAAGGUAUGCUACAGGUUGAUUUUGCAAACCGUUUUGUUGGAGGCGGUGUGACCGGGGCAGGACUAGUACAGGAAGAAAUUAGGUUUUUGAUCAACCCAGAACUGAUUGUAUCGAGGCUCAUCACUGAAGUCUUGGAUCACAAUGAAUGUCUUAUCAUCACAGGUACUGAGCAGUACAGUGAGUACACAGGCUAUGCAGAAACUUACCGGUGGGCAAGAAGCCAUGAAGAUAAGACCCCGAGGGAUGAAUGGCAGCGACGCUACACUGAAAUUGUUGCUAUAGAUGCAUUUCAUUUCAGACGUUUCCUUGAUCAGUUUGGUCCAGAGAAAAUUAGAAGAGAGCUCAAUAAGGCCUACUGUGGCUUCUCUCGACCCAAUGUUCCACCUCAACAUCUCUCUGCAAUAGCCACAGGAAACUGGGGAUGUGGUGCCUUUGGCGGGGACUCCCGAUUAAAAGGUAAAUUAUAGCAAUUCAUUAAUGUCUGA